AAGGAGAAGACCUAUGCUGCGCAAAGAAGAUCUGUCGGAUCGCUUGUUUUCUAGUUUGCUAUACUUACAUGCAAUGCUUCGAUUAUUUGAUGACCGAAAACGAAAACAGCGGCGACAGCACUUCAAGGCCAUCUAGUAUCUGAAACCGUUUUAUUCCGUCAAAACCCGAGCAACACAUAAUUGCUCUUUUCGAACAAUUUCUACCCACGCACUUCUACUUAUUAUCAACCACGACGUGCUUUUUAUUUCGCGGUCGUUUUUUAACGAGCCAACACUUCUUUUCCACUACUCCGCAUUUACUAUUUUCCUCUACUAGUGCCCCCAGCACCUCUUAUCUGCCCCAGAGACCACCAGCACCGAAAAUGGCAUCCGCUAACCGCUACGCCCUGGUCCGCGCCGACGUGGAGGGGCUGACCAAGCGCAGGUUUUUUUACCGCCAGGCGUCCGACAUCUAUGGCGGCGCCGCGGGUUUUUUCGCCUACGGCCCCCCUGGCUGCGCCAUGAAGAACAACAUGUGCCAGCUGUGGAGACAGCACUUCGUGGUCGAGGAAGAUAUGAUGGAAGUCGAGGACACCUGCAUCAUGCAGGUAUGAUUUUUGACGUUGACCUGACCAGAAAGCUUGAUUUCAAUUUGCAAAGCUACUAUUCGUUUAUAAGUAUUUGUAUUUUCGUCGAACUAUUUCGUUCGAAACGGACGUUUCUGGCGCGUCUGCUUACUAAAUGAAAGCUCCACCGACCGCGAUAUUCGCCGACUCGUAAAAAAAUAACAGGAACGUGUCUUGAAAGCCUCUGGACACGUCGACAAAUUUUCCGACUUCGUUGUCAAGGAUUCUUUGAAGCCGGAGCUGUUUUGGCGAGCAGACAAACUUUUGGAGGAUGUCAUGGAAAAGAAAAUCGCCGAAUGCAAGGACGAGGGAUUGAUAAAAGAGUACAAAAUCGUCCACAACAGCGCAGACGGGUACUCCAAAGAGGAACUGAUGGAGGUACUUACUAUUGUGGUCGUUGCUGCACGAGGACCUUCUCAUGCUUUUUUGCACCGUAUUGCCGAUGCGGAUGCUGGUCUUUGAUGAUAUUAUACUCUUCGAAAACCAAAAAGGUUGUACGUACAUCCAUGUCAACGUUUGUAGUUGCACCAACAUCUCGUACAAACUACUAUCAUUAUCUACAACCAUACCAGGUCUUCGCCAAGUACAAGGUAGUUUCCCCCGACACUGGGAACCCGUUGACCGAACCCGUCGCCUUCAACCUGAUGUUCCCCACCCCCAUCGGCCCGGUGGGCGGCGAGACCGGCUACCUCCGACCCGAGACCGCCCAGGGUAUCUUCCUCAACUACAAGUUCUGCAAGGAGCAGAACGGGGAGCGAAUCCCCUUCGGGAUCGCCCAGAUCGGGCGGGUGUUCCGGAACGAAAUUGCGCCGCGUGGCGGUUUGACACGGAUGCGGGAGUUCCAGCAGGCGGAAAUUGAGUGGUUUAUCAAACCAAAAGACUACGACCACCCGAAAUGGGACGACGUCAAGGAUUUGAGACUCACAUUGUACUGCAUAAUUUCAAUUUAUCUACUGAGAUUGCUAUUUUCUACUAUUUUGUGUUGACGACAGGGACAGAUGGCGUUUCGUGCAGCUCUGUACUUGAUCGCCUGCCCCAGGAUCUUCUUAACACUUUUUGUAUUGUUCGCCGUGAACAAUUAUCAGCAUCAGGUCUAGGCAUAGCGAUACACAAAAAUAUGUAAAUCAUCGCAUUAGUAAACUCAUCUCACUCGCAUCACCUCACCCCAGGUUCGACGAGAAGACCCAGCUCGCCGGCGAAGACCCGAAAACCGUGACCCUCCAAGAAGCCCUGGAGAACGGUAUUAUCCGGGACAAGAACCAAACCAUGGGCUACUUCCUCGCCCGCACCUUCCUCUUCCUCGUGAAGAUCGGCUGCAACCCGGAGCACCUGCGGUUCCGCCAGCACCUGUCCACCGAGAUGGCCCACUACGCCUCCGAUUGCUGGGAUGCGGAGUCCUACGUCUCCUCCGGCUGGCUGGAAAUCGUCGGCAUCGCGAACCGCGCCUGCUUCGACCUGAACGCGCACGCCAACGCCACGAAGCAGGACCUAAAAAUCCGGGAAACGUUGCCGGAGCCCGUCGACGUGGAAAAAACGGAACUGACGAAGGAGAGUGCGAAACUGAUCAUGCAACACUUGAAAAAAGCAGGGAAGCCUGUCAAGGAAUGCCUGGAAAAGAUGGACUACGCAGAUUUGCGGGCACUGCAGGCCAAGGUAAAGUAGAUACUUACUUCAUCACUACCAAAGUAUAGACAAGUUUGCUUCUUUAAUGAUAUUUCUGACAGUAUUGAUGCAGCGCUGGUGGUGCUGCCCUAGUACUGGCGCCAGAAGUAGACCAGCAUGCAGAAACGGAUGAGAUGAGGAUGCGUCACGUCGCAAUGUGGGUGCUGCGAUAGAUAAAAUUUUAAACCUUUUGCUUUUCAUACCAGGCCGACGCUGGUGACCCGGUCCAAGUGACAUUGAACGACGAGACGCACGAGAUUCCAGCGGACAAGCUGAAGACGACGACAAAAACUGUGAAGGAAACGACAAUUACCUACACCCCGAGCGUAAUCGAGCCCUCCUUCGGGGUCGACCGACUUCUCUACACCGUCUUUGAGCACACGUAUGUGGAGAGACCAAUGGAGGUACUUUCUAUCUUCAACAAGAUUUCUACGCUUUAGUAGAUCGUCGAAGAAAGGAUCGAUAUCGAUUGUUCAUAUGAAUCUGCAUCUCACACGAGGACGAGAGCGACACGCCUCAUUAGGCGUUGUUUCGAAUUCCAAUUUACUAUGCGCGAAAAAUAAUUCCAAAUACACUUAUAAUUUCGUUUUCGCAGGCUGCCGGCGAUGCGCAGAAGCGCGCGUACCUGAAACUCCCAGCAGCGAUGGCGCCCUACAAGUACACCAUCCUCCCGGUGGACAACAAGGUGAAGCGCCACGAGAAGUUCCCAACGAUAGUGAAGAACUUGAAGAAGGACUUUACCCGCCUGAAUUGUGCCGGUUCCGUGGACGACACCGGCGCGUCGAUCGGCAAGCGGUACGCGCGCAACGACGAGCUGGGCAUUCCCUUCGCGGUGACCAUCGACUUGGACACGUUUGAGCUCAAUGCGGCCACCAUCCGGGAAAGGGAUUCCUGCGGCCAGAUUCGGGUGCCGCUGGCGGACUGCGCGCCGCUGAUCCACAAGCUGUUCGAAGGACACCUCUCGUUCGCGGACGCCCAGGCACAAUACAAGACCGUGGCAAAUCAAGCCACGCAGUUGGUGGGCAUCCAGGUGAGAGAGGCUUAGAAGUUGUAGAGGUGUAGUCUCGUCGCAUCUUCUUGAUCUUCGCGCGCUUUUCGACUUUAUUUCCGUGUCUUGGUUUAGACGAAAAUUACCGAUGUUUCUUGAUGAAAAUAAGUUCGUCAACUGGUACUACAAUUAUAUGUGAACGACGUUCCACUUUUUUACGAUGAAUAAAUAAUUUAUUCCGGAAUUAUCUCUUCUAUAUCCCUCCACCGUGUCUACUAUGCACUCAACAUAACUUAGGCUGGUGCGUGAAUCGCGAAUGUCUUCGUAUCAAAGGCGACUUCGACGGCACAGCAAGUCAAGGAGCAGGAGUUUGCGAAGAAGUUUGCGGACGCAAGUGCGAGCAGCUCCACGUCAACUUCGUAAUGAGAACAACUGCAACCAGAACCACGACGACCUCCGUGGCAUUGGACGAGUCAUUCGGGCUAUUGCCAGUUCGCUGGACACACCAUUUCGCGGUACACUCGGGUUUGUAGUGGUGUUGAGAUGUAGUUGCCUCUGGUGGACUUUUGUUGGACGCCGACACGAUUCGCUGACGCCUUGUUAUUCUCCGAAGGAGUCGUAAUGAAGGACGGAAUUAUGGGAAAGGUAAAGGACCAGUCAAAAGAAGUAAGCUAAGGACCAAGAAAAUCAAACGAAAUUGAAUCGGGAUAAAAGAAAGUGAAAAUAAUGUACCCUCCUGCGCGCACGGAGUCACCGACUAUACUGAUUAUACUAUCCAGCAAAGCUGCUCAUAGUAGCUGACCUCACGACAGG